GCGAUCGGUCUAGGGUUCGAAACCCAACUCUUCCAAAACCCAAAAAAUCAUGAUGGAAAAACGAAACGAGGCCUUUGAGGAGCCUCCAAUCGCCGAGCUACUGGGCAUCAAAAAGCGCGGGAAGAAGACGAAGACGAAGAAGAAUAACAUCGGAGGGACAGCGAAGGAGGAGGAGGGUGAAGACGUCGCAGUGGAAAAUCCAACGGGCUCUGCUGAGGAUCGCAGCAAUGGCCCCAGGGUCACGGUCUCGGCGUUCGAUUAUUCGGUGGAGAAUCACUUCAGAGCCGUGGACACGUUCUCUCAACUCUGUGGAGAGGCCGAUGAUGGUGGUCUUGAAGAGAGCGAAGUUCAGCGAUUGGCCUCCUCAGUUACUUUCUUAAGAGAAUGGAAGUAUUUUAAUUACGAACCGAAAACCGUUAGGUUUGCUUGUGAAGUGGGAAGCCUUGAAGGGAAAGAUGUUGUUAGUGGAAUAAAAUUACCGCAAUUCUCCUCUGCAGCUGUUCCUAAGAAGGAGGGAUCAUCCGGGGAUGCUACAUCUGUGGAAUCCAGAUCUUGCUACAGCAAAGACUUUGUUUUGUAUGUUGGAGGGCAUGUCUGGGCGUUGGAUUGGUGUCCUAGAGUUCAUGAAAGGCCUGAGGAUCAUAUCAAAUGUGAGUUUAUCGCUGUUGCUGCUCAUCCUCCUGGAUCUUCAUAUCACAAGAUAGGUGCCUCACUUACUGGUAGAGGUGUCAUUCAGAUAUGGUGUCUUCUAAACAUCAGUGUGAAUGAGGAAGAGGUGCCACCUCUAACAAAAAAGCAUAAACGGGAACCUAAAAACAGUGGGGACAUGAAAGAAAAAUCAACUGUUGUGAAGGGGCCUAGAGGAAGACCUAGAAAGAAGCCAAAAGAAGACGACAACACAAUAACAACUCAAUCGAAGAGGCCUAAAGGAAGACCUAGAAAGAUCCAGAUAGAAAAAUAUGUUGAUGAUUUGGACUGCAAUGACCCGUAUGCUCGAGUUCUUGCUGUUCAACUCCCAGAUGAUUCAUCAGAAUUGCCUGCUGUAGAUUGGGUUUCUCGGAAUGCCCAAGAACAUGCUGUACAAGAAGAGAAUGGUAAAAAGCAAGCAGCAUCUGCAUGUAAUCCAGCAGUUGAGACUCCUAUGCAGGGCAGAAGAUUGAAAAAUAGGAAAAGGGCAAGGAGUUACAGUGAUAAUAUAAGUCCAGAAUUAUUGACACAAAACGAAGACAUGGGAUCUUCUGUUACAAAUCAUGAAAUACAACCUAACUCUGAACAGGAACCUACAGCAAGUGAUAAUUUCUCACACAAUGGUUCCCUGGGAAUUAGCUCACCCAGUUGCUUGGUUUCAAAUGAUGUUGCUCUGCCCAGAGUCGUAUUAUGCCUAGCUCACAAUGGGAAGGUUGCAUGGGAUGUAAAAUGGCGGCCUUCUAAUGCAUGUGAUUCCAAAUGUAAGCAUCGAAUGGGCUAUCUUGCUGUCUUGCUGGGGAACGGAUCUCUGGAAGUUUGGGAGGUUCCUCUUCCUCGUACAAUGAAAGUUAUCUAUUCUUCUGCUCCUCAGGAGGGCACUGAUCCUCGUUUUGCAAAACUGGUACCUGUAUUUAGAUGCUCAAUGUUGAAAUGUGGUGGCAUACAGAGCAUCCCUUUAACAGUGGAAUGGUCGGCUUCACCCCCUCACGAUUACCUGCUUGCUGGAUGCCAUGAUGGAACAGUUGCUUUAUGGAAGUUUUCUGCUGGCAGUUACUCGAAAGCAGAUACGAGGCCAUUGCUUUGCUUCAGUGCAGAUACAGUUCCUAUUAGAGCAGUUGCCUGGGCUCCACAUGAAAGUGAUCCAGAGAGUGCAAAUGUUAUACUUACUGCUGGCCAUGGAGGCCUAAAGUUUUGGGACCUACGUGAUCCAUUCCGUCCUCUGUGGGACCUCCAUCCUGUGCCAAGGAUCAUAUAUAGUUUGGAUUGGCUGCCAGAUCCAAGAUGUGUUAUUCUAUCCUUUGAUGAUGGAACAAUGAGAAUCCUCAGCUUGGUUAAGGCUGCCUAUGAUACUCCUGUCACUGGAAAACCCUUUGGUGGGACAAAACAACAAGGGCUGCAUAGUUAUUACUGUUCAUCUUUUGCUAUUUGGAGCGUACAAGUGUCACGACUAACAGGCAUGGUUGCAUAUUGCAGUGCGGAUGGUACAAUUCUCCGUUUCCAGCUUACAAGAAAAGCAGUAGAGAAAGAUCAUUCGCGAAAUCGGACCCCGCAUUUUCUUUGUGGGUCACUAACCGAAGAGGAAUCAACUAUCGCAAUCAAUACUCCAGUACCAAAUACCCCUUUCCCAUUAAAGAAGUCACUUAACAAAAGUGUGGACACCUCUGUAUCCUUGCGGGAGUUCUCAUUGGGGCCACGACAGGUUAAAAAAGCAAGUGAUAAGAUGGCAAAAAAUCCUAGUACAGAUGCUCAAACUUUAGCCCUCUGUUACGGCGAUGAUCUGGGUGCAGAAUCGGGACCGGAGGAAGCAGAUCCCAAGAGCGAAAAGAAACUAAAGAAAAGUCGCGGUAAGAAAAAUUCAGGAGAUGACCUAGCCUUGGUAUACGGAGAUGAAGAGCCAGUAAAAAAAACACUCGGAAAAGAAGAUAGAAAAGUUGAAGAUCGGACUAUUGAAGUUUUUCCUCCAAAAGCUGUAGCGAUGCAUAGGGUGAGGUGGAACAUGAACAAGGGUAGUGAGAGAUGGUUGUGCUAUGGUGGAGCCGCUGGACUUGUACGUUGUCAGGAGAUUGCUUUGUCUGAUUUCGAUAAGAAAUUGGCCAUGAAGAGAUGAGACGGGUACCUAAUGUAUGUGUAUAUAUACAUGAUCAUGUUCUUAAGUGGCUAUCUAAUGUUAUUGCCCAAAUUUAUUC